AUGACAGUCGAAAUCGUCCUCGAUUGUGACCAGCAGAUCAGACGGAAGAACUCUGCUCCAGAACCAUUUCGAUCUUCUGGAUACAUGGAGUUUCCUCCAGCUCCGAAGGAUGAUCUGACCCGGGCAGACCAGCGAGACUUCCACGACGCUGGCGGACAUUACAAAGCGUACUCCGACACGGUAUACAGCACGAUCGUCAUCAGAUGCUACAGCCAGCCACCGCUAUAG